AAUUGUUUCAAUUUAUCUUUUUCAAUAAUUUUCUUUGAUUUGUAUUUGAAGAAUGGCAAUGCGCAUUUCUGUAGCCAAAUUAAAGUCUGAGAACACCAUAUUGGAUAGGUCCAUGGUGUGGGUAGAAGAAAGCAUCAAAGAUUUGUGAACAAUGGGGGCUGAAGAACCUUAUGUCUGGACGUAGAGUUGAAGCACAAAUACAUUACGUAAUCAUCCUUCAUUAACUUCUCUAUGUGUGUGUGUUUUAAGGUGUGUUGAAUAUAUUCAUGAGUGUUGGUAUCCCUGCUCCAGAGGUCCUCCUGUCCAGACAACUACAUUGUCAUCUCCCAGAACUACAGAAAAGCUUCUGGUUCAUGUGAGGAUUAAACAAAGUAAUCUUAUCUUAGACUAUAAGGACUUGAAGGACUAUAAAAAAACAGAGGCCAUAAAAAAUGCUCAAUAAACAUUUAGAAUCAGGUUAUUUUAGAGCUGGAUGGAAAUGUAAAGCUUAAAGAAAUAGCAGGUGCUAUAAAAGACUAUAGAUAUCACUGAGUCCAUUUUCCUCUCUUUAUAACGGGUAGAACUGGUGGUCAUAGAGAAGUACAGCAUCAUAAUAAAUUCACAUAGAACACUUGUGGCGAAACUAUUUUAUUUAUUUAUUUUAAUUUUUUAAAUACCUAAUGUGAAGCUUUAAUUUAAUUUAAUUUAAUUUAUUUAUCUUUAAAUUUUUUUCAGUGGCAGAUCUAUGGGAACAGCAUAUCCACCUAGAUUUUUGAGUUUUAAAAUGUAUCAAUUGUCUGUUUACGCAACUGAUAGAUUGUGUAAGUAAUAUAGCAGAGUGUAAGUUUGUAUUCCUUUACAUUAAGUGCCUGCAUUGAUUUAUACUCUGUUUUCUUAAAGAUCCCUUUUAAAGAUGAUAACUUCUCCCCUUUUGUAUCAACACAAAGUACUGAGCUUUCUUAUUGAAGUACUUUUCUUCUCCAGCCUAAAAUAAAGAUCUAAUAACCAAUGGUCCCCAUGACUUGAAAGAUCUUUUUUUAUCUUUCACUGUCUAAGGAGGCUGAAAGGGAAACGCUAGCUGCCUGGGGGCUGUUAAAAUGAGUGACAACACUGCUCUGGCUGCUCCAGCUUCAAACCAGGGUCCCACCACCCCACGCAAAGGCCCUCCCAAGUUCAAGCAGAGGCAGACUCGCCAAUUCAAGAGUAAACCUCCAAAGAAAGGUGUGAAAGGAUUUGGAGAUGACAUUCCAGGAAUGGAGGGGCUAGGAACAGAUAUCACAGUGAUUUGUCCGUGGGAGGCAUUCAGCCACCUGGAAUUGCAUGAGCUCGCUCAGUUUGGGAUUAUUUGAGGUGCCAGAGGUUCUGCCACUCUCAACGACAUCUGCUGUAAUUUUGGUUACUUUUGCCCUGAUGAUCUGCCGGAGUCUUGAAAUUCAGCUGAUUGGAAGUGGUUUUGUUGACUUUCGAGGUCAUUUCCUAUCAGUUACUACUAAGAGUUCUCUUACUAUCAGAAUCUCUCUUGCAGUACAGCUCAAAAUAGUGGAUGCAUUUCACACUUAACCACCUUUUCCUACCAGCUAGUUAGAAGUCAUCAAUAUUUCUCUACAUUUUGUUUAUGUGUAAGCCCUUUAAAUCUAUUUUUGCUAGGCAUUCACUAUGAUUAAUAGGAGACCUUUAAGAUUACAUUUAUGUCACUCCCCACCUCCUCUUAUUUAAUAAAGGAGAUAUUUACCUUGAA